AUGUUAUAUCUAAUAGGGCUAGGACUCUCGCACGAGUCAGACAUAACCGUGCGGGGCCUCGAGACCGUGAAACGCUGCACGCGCGUCUACCUCGAAGCAUACACCUCGAUCCUCAUGGCAGCAGACCUCGCGCUGCUCGAAGCAUACUACGGCCGCAGCGUCAUCCUCGCCGACCGCGAGCUCGUCGAAACGGGAUCAGAUGAGAUCUUACGUGGCGCCAACGAGGAUGACGUGGCGUUCCUCGUUGUGGGUGACCCUUUUGGAGCCACGACGCAUACUGAUCUCGUGAUCCGGGCUCGUGAAAUGGGCAUCGCGGUGGAGACGAUCCAUAAUGCGAGCGUGAUGAAUGCCGUGGGUGCGUGUGGGUUGCAAUUGUACCAAUUCGGACAGACCAUCUCGCUUGUCUUCUUUACUGAGUCGUGGAAACCCGAUAGUUUCUACGAUAAGAUCAUGGAGAACCGCAAGAUUGGCUUGCACACGUUGAUUUUGUUGGAUAUCAAGGUUAAGGAGCAGAGUUUGGAGAAUAUGGCGCGUGGACGGUUGAUUUACGAGCCGCCUCGUUAUAUGGAUAUUGCGACUGCGUGUCUGCAGUUGCUUGAGGUGGAAGAGAUGAGGAAGGAGCAGGCGUAUACUGAAAAUACUCCCGUGGUGGCGGUGUCGCGGUUGGGUUCGCCGACGCAGAAGUUCAAAGCGGGCACGUUGAAGGAGUUGAGCGAGUACGACUCGGGGGCACCGUUGCAUACUUUGGUGAUGUUGGGGCGUCAGGUGCAUGAUUUGGAAUUGGAGUAUUUGUAUCAGUUUGUUGAUGAUAAAGAUGCGUUUAGGCUGAAAGUGGAGCAAGAUCAAGAGUUUUUCAAGCCACCGCCUUAUGUUCCUCCUGAGGAAAACCUCAGCGAUUGA